AACGGUAUAAAACGGAGCUGCAUUUGCCACUGUUCAGCAUUAUUCCAUCAUGUGCGUCUUUAGAGUGCUGUUGUACUUAGUGUUUCUUGUGUUAUCUCCAUCAAAAGUUCAGGGCGAUGAACAAAACGCUACCGAAUUGUCUCUCGAGGGGUUUGAAUAUCAAACCUUAACAGCCAAACUGGACUAUUUGCAGCACAAGCUUACCGAGAUGGACUUUGCGAUAAAGGAGGAUCGAAGGACCACCGAUCAGAAGCUAUCACAGCUGGGCCAAGUGAUGGGUAACAAUUUCACCACUUUGCAGAACCACUUGAAUAACAUUCUUAACGAGCAGGCAGCCAUAGCCAACCAGGAACGGAUGCGAAAGGAGAUACAAACGCUAGUAUCGAAGAAAGAUGUUGCUCGAUUUCUGAUCAGUUCCGCAUUGUAUGCUCGAACGAUCUCAUUUCCAUCGUGCAAAGAGGAGCCUUUGGAGUUGUCGGGCAAGUAUCUAAUACAACCUGCUGAAAAUGAAGAGCCAUUCCUGGGAUACUGUGAGCAGACUGCUUUUGGUGGAGGCUGGCUUAUGUUCCAGCAUCGUUACGACGGAUCGGUGGACUUUUAUCGUAACUGGACUGAGUACCGUGACGGGUUCGGAAGCAUGGAUGGGGAGUUCUGGCUCGGCUUGGAGAAGUUGCAUCAGAUUACUUCAGAACGAGAGCAUGAGAUGUUGGUGGAGCUAAAAGAUUUCGAAGGAAACUACAAGUACGCACGAUAUAGUGAGUUCGAGAUCGGCAGUGAGGCGGAGCAAUAUUCGUUAAAGAAGCUGGGAUCGUACACAGGAACGGCAGGUGACUCAUUGACGUACCAUAAGGGUAUGAAGUUUACAACCAAAGAUCGAGACAAUGAUCAAAGUGGCAGCACAAACUGUGCUGUGAAUUAUGAGGGAGCAUGGUGGUACAAGGAAUGCCACUAUGUCAAUCUUAAUGGACGUUACAAGAAUACUGAGGACGCAAAAGCUAUGGUAUGGUUCGGAUAUAAAUUAAAAUGUAUUGGUUUAGCAUACUCAAGAAUGUUGAUUCGGGAAACAUAACCGAUAAGGCGCUGUUGUUAGAAACAUUAUUUUACAACAGUGACACAGAAACGUCUUUUGCUAAAACAAAUGUGUGAUUGCAUGCAUUAGUGAGAAAAUAUAUCAUAUAUAAUUGAUUAACUCAA